AUGGGCGUUUCUGGGUUUUUUGUAAGUAUAAACGCAAAAUUCUGGAUUUUAGGCACUAUUUAUAUGUUUUUAGGGGCCUCUAGGUUUAUUUAAACUGUGAAAAAAUUGAAGAAAAAAAGAUUUUUUAGUCGGUUUUUGAGAAUUUUUGGGCUUUCUUGGGAAAAUUUGGAGAUUUCAUGGGCAUUUUUUGGCGUUUUAGAACUAUAGGCACAGAAAUCUGAAUUCUAGGUAUUUUUUAACGUUUUUAAGGAGCUCUAGGUUAUUUGAAACUGUGAAAAAAUUGAAGAAAAAGUGAUUUUCAGUCGAUUUUUAGAAAUUUUUUUUAGACUUUUCAGGAAUUUUGAAGAUUUCAUGAGAAUUCUAUGACGUUUUGUAAGUAUAGAUUUGGAAAGUUCAGUAGAAAUUUUUUUUUUCCGUAAUAAGAGAGCUUUUUUGUCUAUGAACCUAUAGAAAAUCUUGGAAUAAGCAGUACAUUUUUUGAACUUUAUGAUCAAUUUUUGGUUUUUUUCUAGGUGAGCCACCACCCGCCGGUCUCUGCUUUCUAUGCGGAAAUUCCCAGCAAGAGGAUUUCCUUCAACGCUCACAUUUACACGAAAUCGUCCUUUUUGGGCCUUUCGAUCGGUUUGUUUCGAAAUUCUUAUCAUAAACUUUCUAUGUUGCAAAAUUCCUAAUAUCCAUUUUUUUUUUAUUUUGAACUUUUUUUGAAAAACUAGAGCAUGCUGAGGUUGAAAAAUUGAAAAAAUGCAGGAUGAGACGUCUUAGACACGCCAGACUGGUCCCUAGAGGGAUAGGGCGGAAAAAGAGCCCCCAGAAGGGGUAAAAGUGGCCCCUAGAGGGGUAAAAUUCAGAAAGUCCCUAAUCCUUAUGCUAUAGUGGUCCCUAUAUGGAUAUUUUGAAUUUUUCGUUCAUAUUUUGCAAAAUUUAGUGCCGCUAUAGGGGGAGUGAUCCCUCAAGAAAAAUCAAAAACUGUUCCUAAGGUUGCCCCUCUAGGGACCACUCUGGCGUUUUUGAGUUUUAAGAAAGACGGCUUGAAAAAGUUUUUCAAAAAAGAUUUCGAUGCUAUUUGGCGUUCCUAAACGGGAUGAGGAGACGUCAAAAAAUUUUGGCGCGAAAUUUGAAAUCUCAAGUACGCAGCCAAAUUUAUUCUUCAUGCCGUUGAAUACUCAGUUUAAUUUGCAACGAUAGUUAGCUGUGACGUCACGGUGGUAUGAAAAAAACACCAGCGAAAAUUCAAACGGCGACUUUUCCGAAUUUUUCAUAUCACUAGGAAACUUUCCGACGGACACCUUUCCGACGAAACUUUUUCCGACUUUUUUUCUCGAUUAACUUUUCGUUUUAAAUCUCCCUAUAUAAUGUAGGUAGUUGGUUCAUGAUUAAAACACAAAGAAAUAGGAAAAAAAAAAUAUUUUUAGAUGUUUUAAAAACCGAAAAAAGAUAAGGGAAAAAAGUCGGAAAGAGAUCCGUCGGAAAGGUGGCCGUCGAAAAGUUCUCUAGCGAAAUGAAAAAAUCGGAAAAGUCGCCUUUUGAAUUUUCGCUGGUGUUUUUUUCUUACCACCGACGUCACAGUCCUUUUAUCCGAAGCGCGCACUUACUUUUUUUUUGUAAAUUCAGAAACUUUGACGCCUCGCUUACCUUCCCUCACCCCAUAAGUAAUGCCGUGGGUAACUAAUGAAUGAAUAAAAAAAACUAUUAGAGAGUGCAGGAUUUGAUGAGACGCUAGAGAAAUAGGAAAAUGUUUGGUUGUGAAAAUUGAGGGUCAAGGUAGUCGUUUAAAAAAUGAAACACCUUCCCAAGUGAAACAGGAAUUUCUUCCAGGCGUUGCCAACAUCGGCGAGGGAAUCGUUCGGCUGCACGAUUUCGACGAAGAAUAUCGGAUCACUUUCCCCAGUGGUUAUGGCCGUUCGAUUAUGAGCACCCCGUGGGUGGAACUCGGUGGAAAGGUACCUUUUUUGGCUCACUAGGAAGUUUUGUUCGUGAGCAGUUGGGAAUAGCUCAAAAUUGGCUCAGAGUAGCUUCAUAAAAAGCCGGAAAAGUUUUGAAAUAUAAGAAAUAUCGGAAGAAAAUCGCUCAGAGAAUAGCUGAAAAGGGUUAUUUGAGGAAUUUUCGUCAAGAAUUUUGAGCCCCUAUAGAAUGGCUUAAAAAUAGCUUCGAAAUAGGUUGAAAACAGCUCGGAGAUGAGCCCAAAGAAGCCCAAGAAGAGCUGUAAUUUUCAGAAAAAUUGGAACUGAACUUUUUUUUUUAGAAUAGUUGAGAACAAAGCCUGAAAUCGGCAACAGAAAAGCUGUUAAACAGCGCGAAAAUGGCUCGAAAAUGGCUAGAAAAUUGUUCGAAAAUAGCUCGAAAAUGGCUCGGAAAUGGCUCAAAAAUGACUCGGAAAUGACUCGAAAAUGACUCGAAAAUGACGCGAAAAUGACUCAAAAAUGGCUCGAAAGUGGCUGGAAAAUGGCUAGAAAAUGGCUCGAAAAUGGCUCGAAAAUGGCUAGAAAAUGGCUCGAAAGUGGCUCGAAAGUGGCUAGAAAUUGGCUCGAAAUUAGCUCGAAAAUGGCUCGAAAAUGGCUCGAAAAUGACUCGAAAAUGGCUCGAAAAUGGCUCGAAAAUUCUUCAUUUUCGGUUUUUUUCCAGGUCAAAGUGAUUUGCGAGAAGACGGGUUACUACGCAGACAUUGAGUUCCUGACCAAGCCGUUCUUCAACGGAAAGCCGCAUCGCGUCCAGGGACACAUUUAUAAGUUGGUUUUGAUCAUUCUUUGAAAAUUAGUUCACAAUAUGAAAAAAUACAUCAUCAUCUUGAUAGGAAGAAAAAAUUUGAGAGAAGAAAUGCUGAAAAGUUAGAAGGGCCUCAUUCCAUUCUUUAGAAGUGAGCUUUUCGAAUUUCAAAGACAAAAGUUCAGUACCAGAGUCUUUUUGUUCGUUAUCAAUACAUACAGCGGUUGAGACAUUGAAAAAUGGGUCCUGACACGAUAAAGAGAAGAGAAAUAGCGCAUGGUUGGCGUAGGGCGCAGACAGGCCACGCCCCUCCCGAGUUGGCCUCGAAUGGGCUAUAUAUGAAUAGUGUACAUCAAACUAUACCUUCUCAAACAACUAAUCAAUUCAACGCCAUCAGAGAGGGCCAGAAGAAGGCGUUGCUCUCGAUCCGCGGCGAAUGGAACGGCGUCAUGUUCGCCAAGACGCCCAGCGGCGAAGAAUCGACCUUCAUCGACGUCAAAGCCGCCAAGGAGGUCAAGAAGGAGUGCACCCCGGUCUUGCAGCAGGGCGAACGCGAAAGUCGCAGGUUUUUAUCCCGAAUUUCUUCAAUCCGUCCAAUAAGUUUUUCAGACUGUGGCGACACGUGACGGCCGCACUCUUGCGUAACCGCAUCCAAAUUGCAACGACUUCGAAGAGGAUGAUCGAGCAGAGACAGAGGGCCGAGGCGAAGGUUUGAAGAUGAGAAAAAAUGAAAGAGAAAGAAAUUUAUCGGAAAAAUCCCAAUUUCCACAGAAAAAACUGAGAUUUUUCCCAUAUUCAGCCUUGAAAAUGGUCGAAAUGUAUAACCAUAAUCAAAAUGACAAGAAAAAAAAGUACACGAAAACUUUUUCAGAAAAUAAAAAAACACGGCAUAAAAAUACUCUGAAAAUUUUCCCUUAUUAUAAAAGAAGAAGCGUCUCCAUAGCUUCAAAUUAUCGUACUUAUUCUCAUUUUGCUAGGAAAAUUUUCAAAUAAGAGCAUUCUUUAAAAAAAUUAGACAAAAAAAAACGUUUAAAAAAUUUUUCGAAAAAUGUCGUCAAAUUAAAUAAGUUGGACGUGGAGUGUGUCUGCGGACUAUGCAUUUUUUUGAGGUUACGGUACGCGAAUUUUGAGAAAAGAAUUUUUCAUUUUUCGCUUUUUUUUUUUUUUUAUUCGUUAAUUCAACUGUUUUUUUAGAAUUUGAUAGGCAUAAGUUUGAAAAUAAGCUUGGAAUUUGCCGUAGUUUUUGUCAAUAGGGUGAGGAAGGCAAUUUUUUUCUGUUUAUAUUAAAUUUCUCCAUUUUUUUGCGAUUUUUCUCAUCAUUAGGAUCUCGAUUUUUGUACUAACCAGGUAAAAAAAUACAAAAAAAGGUCUGAAGAAAAAAAUAAAUUUAAGGAAUUUACAAACAUUUUUAUUUUUUUAAAUUUUUAAUCUUUUGGCUUUUUCCUUUGAUUUUUUUGUUUUAAAAUACUUUUUUUAUAAUUUUUUUCAAAUUCAGGAACGUCAGGACAAGGGCGAAAAGUGGAAGACUUUGCUGUUUGAAGAGGAUGGCGAGGACGGCUGGGUGUUCAAAGAGCCGCUCGGCUCGAAACGCCGAAAGUGA